AUGAACAAAUCGUUUAUCGAAUCAGCCUUUAUCCCUUGUUCUUUCAUUGCCAUUCUUUUGCUGCGCUGCCAGACGUCCAGCUCGUACUCUCCUGAUACCUCCUCAUUAUUUUCGUCUUCUUUCUUUCUUUCUUUUUUUUUUUGCUCCCCUUUUUACCAACUUAACCACUCACUUUCUUACUCGACACUUGCUACUUUUAUCUUUUCUUUUAAAUUACCGUAUUGCAUAUAUUUUCUACUUGUCUUGAUCUAUCUAUCUAUCUAUCUAUCUAUCUAUCUAUCUAUCUAUCUUAGUCUAUUCUUAUCUGUCUCUCUGUCUUUCUGUCUCUCUAUCUAUCUUAUCUAUCUUAGCUAUCUAUCUAUCUAUCUAUCUAUCUAUCUGUCUGUCUGUCUGUCUGUUUCCCUGUGUUACUCUAUUCCUAGCUGUCUAUCUAUCUAUCUAUCUAUCUAUCUAUCUAGCCUCUCUCUUUUUUAA